AUGCCGGCGGCGGCCGGGGGGCUGCUGUGGUGGAGCUGCUGCGUGCUGGCGGCGGCGGCCGGGGCCCCGCGGGCCGCCGCGGCGGCGCAGGCAGUGUGUGCUGGCACUGAGAACAAGCUGAGCUCCCUGUCUGACCUGGAGCAGCAGUACCGGGCCCUGCGCAAGUACUAUGAGAACUGUGAGGUGGUGAUGGGCAACCUGGAGAUCACCAGCAUCGAGCACAACAGGGACCUCUCCUUCCUGAGGUCUAUCCGAGAAGUGACGGGCUACGUGCUGGUGGCUUUGAACCAGUUUGAGUACCUGCCCCUGGAGAACCUGCGCAUCGUCCGCGGCACCAAGCUCUACGAGGAGCGCUACGCCCUGGCCAUAUUCCUCAACUACAGGAAGGAUGGCAACUUCGGGCUCAGGGAACUUGGCUUGAGGAACCUGACAGAGAUACUGAAUGGAGGGGUCUAUGUUGGCCAGAACAAAUUUCUCUGCUUUGCAGACACCAUCCAUUGGCAAGACAUCGUGCGUAACCCCUGGGCCUCCAACUUCACCCUGGUUCCAACCAACGGCAGCUCAGGAUGUGGUCGUUGCCACAAGUCCUGCACAGGACGGUGCUGGGGACCAACAGAGAAUCACUGCCAGACCUUGACCAAGACCGUGUGUGCGGAGCAGUGCGACGGACGCUGCUACGGGCCCUACGUCAGCGACUGCUGCCACCGCGAGUGCGCCGGGGGCUGCUCCGGACCCAAGGACACCGACUGCUUCGCCUGCAUGAAUUUCAAUGACAGUGGUGCCUGUGUCACACAGUGCCCCCAGACCUUUGUGUACAACCCCACCACCUUCCAGCUGGAGCACAAUCACAACGCCAAGUACACCUACGGGGCUUUCUGCGUCAAGAAGUGCCCACACAACUUUGUGGUAGAUUCCAGCUCUUGUGUCCGGGCAUGUCCGAGCUCCAAGAUGGAGGUUGAAGAAAAUGGAAUUAAGAUGUGCAAGCCCUGCACUGACAUUUGUCCUAAAGCAUGUGAUGGCAUUGGGACAGGCAGCUUGGUGUCGGCUCAGACAGUGGAUUCCAGCAACAUUGACAAGUUUGUAAACUGUACCAAGAUCAAUGGCAACCUUAUCUUCCUUGUCACUGGGAUUCAUGGAGACCCGUAUCACACGAUCGCUGCCAUCAAUCCAGAGAAAUUAAAUAUCUUCCAAACAGUGAGAGAGAUAACAGGGUAUUUGAACAUACAGUCAUGGCCUGAGAAUAUGACAGACUUCAGGGUGUUUUCUAACUUGGUUACCAUCGGUGGGAGAGCUCUCUAUAGUGGCCUUUCCUUGCUCAUCCUAAAGCAACAAGGCAUCACCUCCCUGCAGUUCCAGUCCUUGAAGCAGAUCAGUGCUGGCAACAUCUACAUCACAGACAACAGCAAUUUGUGCUACUACCACACUGUCAACUGGAGCAGCCUGUUCAGCACCCCCAGCCAAAAGACAGUGAUCCACAGGAACAAAAGGGCAGAGAACUGCACUGCUGAUGGCAUGGUGUGCAACGAGCUGUGCUCCAGCGACGGCUGCUGGGGGCCAGGGCCAGACCAGUGCCUGUCCUGCAAGCGCUUCCUCCGGGGCAGGACCUGCAUCGACUCCUGCAACCUCUACGACGGGGAAUUCCGAGAGUUUGCCAAUGGCUCAGUGUGUGUGGAGUGUGAUCCCCAGUGUGAGAAGAUGGAGGAAAACAUGAUCACCUGCUACGGGCCGGGACCUGACCACUGCACAAAGUGUUUCCAUUUUAAGGAUGGUCCAAAUUGUGUGGAAAAAUGUCCUGAUGGCUUGCAGGGGGCCAACAGCUUCAUUUUCAAGUACGCCGACGAGGAUCGGGAGUGCCAUCCGUGUCACCCCAACUGCACCCAAGGGUGUAGAGGCCCAGCUAGUCAUGACUGCAUUUUCUAUCCAUGGACACGGCAGUCCACGCUGCCACAGCACGCUAGAACCCCCCUGAUUGCUGCAGGAGUCAUUGGUGGCCUCUUCAUCAUCGUCAUCAUGGGCCUGACGUUCGCCGUGUACGUUCGGCGCAAAAGCAUCAAGAAGAAGAGAGCACUCAGAAGGUUCCUGGAGACUGAGCUGGUGGAGCCCCUGACCCCGAGCGGCACGGCGCCCAACCAAGCCCAGCUCCGCAUCCUGAAGGAGACAGAGCUGAAGAGAGUCAAGGUGCUGGGCUCUGGAGCCUUUGGAACAGUGUACAAGGGGAUCUGGGUCCCUGAGGGAGAAACAGUAAAGAUUCCUGUGGCCAUCAAGAUCCUUAAUGAGACCACUGGUCCAAAAGCCAACGUGGAGUUUAUGGAUGAAGCUCUGAUCAUGGCCAGCAUGGACCACCCACACCUGGUGAGGCUCCUGGGUGUCUGCCUGAGCCCCACCAUCCAGCUGGUCACCCAGCUGAUGCCUCACGGCUGCCUCCUGGAUUAUGUCCAUGAACAUAAGGACAACAUCGGCUCCCAGCUCCUGCUCAACUGGUGUGUCCAAAUUGCUAAGGGCAUGAUGUACCUGGAAGAGAGGAGACUCGUGCACCGGGACCUGGCAGCCCGAAAUGUCCUGGUGAAAUCACCAAACCACGUGAAAAUCACUGACUUUGGCUUGGCCAGGCUUCUGGAAGGGGAUGAAAAGGAGUACAAUGCUGACGGGGGAAAGAUGCCAAUUAAGUGGAUGGCUCUGGAGUGCAUACACUACAGGAAAUUUACCCAUCAGAGUGAUGUGUGGAGCUAUGGAGUGACCAUCUGGGAGCUGAUGACCUUUGGUGGGAAGCCCUACGAUGGAAUCCCAACCCGAGAGAUCCCCGACCUGCUGGAGAAGGGAGAGCGCCUGCCCCAGCCCCCAAUCUGCACCAUUGAUGUAUACAUGGUGAUGGUGAAGUGCUGGAUGAUUGAUGCUGACAGUCGGCCAAAAUUCAAGGAGCUGGCUGCUGAAUUCUCCAGAAUGGCCCGAGACCCUCAGAGAUACCUGGUAAUUCAGGGAGAUGAUCGUAUGAAGCUCCCAAGCCCAAAUGACAGCAAGUUCUUCCAAAAUCUUCUCGAUGAGGAAGACCUGGAAGAUAUGAUGGAUGCUGAAGAGUAUCUUGUUCCUCAAGCCUUCAACAUUCCUCCUCCCAUCUACACCUCCAGGACAAGAAUUGAUUCCAACAGGAGUGAAAUUGGACACAGCCCUCCUCCUGCCUACACCCCUAUGUCAGGAAACCAGUUUGUGUACCGGGACGGCGGCUACGCGGCCGAGGUGCCGAUGCCCUACAGGGCUCCUGGCUGCAUCCUUCCAGAAGCCCCAGCUGCUCAAGGGGCCACAGCAGAGAUCUUUGAAGAUGCUUGCUGCAAUGGCACGAUGCAGAAGCAGGUGGCAACCCUGGCAAAAGAGGACAGCAGCACCCAGAGGUACAGCGCUGACCCCACCGUCUUCAUGCCCGAGCGGGUCGUGCGGGGAGAGCUGGAUGAGGACGGGUACAUGACACCGAUGAGAGACAAACCCAAAACAGAUUACCUAAACCCAGUGGAAGAGAACCCAUUUGUUUCCCGACGAAAGAAUGGAGAUCUCCAAGCUGUGGACAACCCAGAGUACCACAAGGCUCCCAACGGGCAGCCCAAAGCCGAGGACGAGUACGUGAACGAGCCGUUGUACCUCAACACCUUCGCCAGCACCUUGGAAAACGCCGAGUACCUGAAGAACAAUUUGCCAGAGAAAGCCAAGAAGGCCUUUGACAACCCAGACUACUGGAACCACAGCCUGCCCCCACGGAGCACCCUCCAGCACCCGGACUACCUGCAAGAGUACAGCACAAAAUACUUUUACAAACAGAACGGACGGAUCCGGCCCAUAGUGGCAGAGAAUCCUGAAUACCUCUCCGAGUUCUCCCUGAAGCCUGGCACUGUGCUGCCCCCGCCGCCCUACAGACACCGGAACACCGUGGUGUAGUGGCUGUGCUCUCACUGAAGUGGAAAGGCAACCCCCUUCUAGCUGCCUCACUCAUCCUCUCUCACUCCCCCCUUCUCCCUGCCCUUGCCCGUCCUUCCUCCCUCCCUUCCCUCUCUUUCUCCCACGAGCUUCCUCUUCUUGCCAGUUCACUCAUUUUUGAUAUUUCUAAGUGAAAGGAUGUCUCGGAGUUGGUUGCAGAUUGGGUUGGGGAGCCUGGAAGGAAGAGACUGAAAGAAGGAGUGUCCAACCUGGCCUUCCCCACUUUUGGCAGACACAGGGUUGGAUGCCCAGAGAAGCCAGGUGGUGCUUCGAGCUCGUUCUCAGUGAUCCAACUGUAGGAAAUGCCACAGAAAGGCUGAUUCUUUCAGCAGGAGCUGAUGGGAGUCUGUACAGCAUUCCUGGAAAUCUCCAUGCAAUUUCCAUCAGGGUGAAAAAUGGACAAUUUUUAUAUCCUGUGUGAUAGCGUAGUAAUUGAGAUUGAGAAUCCAAUUUCUUUCUCUAACACUUUCUAUCCCAGCAACUGAAAAUGGCUAACAUAGCUUUUCAAAAACAUUCAGAUCUUCAUUGUGGCUUUCCAAGAAAUGAUUAUGUGACUCCCACAUACAGCUAAACACCUCUUCUGAGCCACACCGUGAUUUUGUGCCAAUUCCCAGCCACAGAGACUCCUGCUCAGAGCUGGUACUUGACACGACCAUUUUUAUAUGUGUGCCAACACAGCGAUCACUUUAAACACAAAAUACCCUUCAGAAGAGAGUAACAAAACCACACCUUCAAUAUGUUCAUUUGAAGCUAAAAACCAGGCCAAGAAAUGAAGAUUUGUAUGCCAAAAAUUUUGCUUUUCUUGUUUUAUACAUGCUGACUGUAAACACUGCAAAAGAUUGUCACUAAUUCUUCCCUCUUUUUCUUCUUCAUGGUCAUGAAGGGAGCUGGGGAUGCUGUCAGGCAGCACUGAGGACAAGACAGAGAACUGAAGAGUUUGAUGUUCUGUGGGGUGGGGUGGGAAGGGUCCUUUAAACUGGAAGACAGACACUGGACUGGAGAAAACGCACAUAGCGGUUCACUGGAAAGUUAGUUUGCACUUAACCUCUGAUUUUAUUUGAACUGUUUUCUGGAUUUUGAAUGAAGCAAUAUGGAAGUGACCAGCAAAAUGCAAAAUAAUAAUUUUAAAUUAAAAAAGAAAUAUAAAUUAUUUGUAAAGGAUGACUGUGGAAAUGCCAAAAUGAAGAAAAUCAAGUCUUUGGAACAAUGCCUGCCACUUCUGAGAGGCCGAUGCAGUGACUGCUUCAGAGAAUACAGUGACAGAGCAGCCAGCUCUUCUGCUGCUCUGUGAAGGACAGCAGAGCAAGCCCUGGAAAGGAUCAGGGGAGGAAAAUGUCCUCCUCUGGCUUGCAGCAUAGUACAGAAUACCAUUUUUUCAAAAAGGAGGAUUACUCUGGCACAGAAGACAGUGCAUAUGAGGUUUGAGAAGUCAAAAUGCAUGAUUCGCAGAGCUUUCUGUCAAAAAUGUAAAUAAGUAUGAGUCAGUCUCCUUGCACUUAGUUCUGCUUUUAUCAACCUCAGUUUUUAGGUAGACACCCCCUGACCUGCUCCUCUUUGGAAAUCUCUUUCAAAGCAGAGUUCUGGAUGGUUUUAGUGAUCUGGGGCAGAUGGAGCUGGGAAAGGAGGCGCAAGGGCCAGAGACACCAAGGCUUGCUCCUGGCACACCAGCACCGUGUGUAUAAGAGCAUUUGUGAGCCUACUUCCCACCAAACAUCUUUAGGAACUGUGAGGUACCUUUGGAGAUCUGCCUGUCUCUAUCCACUAAGGCUUUUAAAGGGAAGAGACAAUACCUGGUGGAUGGCAAUCCUGGGUGAUGCAACAGUAUUUCAGUUUAUGUGCUUCAGCUCUGUUAGGGCUGGGAUCUUUAGGGUGACCUAACCUGGCAACAAAACCAACAGCAAGCAGUGGUCUGGAAAUGGCAUCACCCUCCUCUAAAUUCCUGCCAUUCCAUCAGCUUGCCACAUUUAAUCUUAGAGAAGCAGAGGAAGGGAGUAAGAAACAAGCAACGGCUACCUGAAGCUUAGUAGGUCAGCUUGAUAAAGGUUGAAAAGAUGUUAAAGCUGGCUUGGUUGUUACCCUUGUAGAUGGAAAACACCCUGUGAUCACAAGGCUGGUUCAGCCAGCGAGCUGUUGGUGUACCAGGUGUGUCCAGAUGUGCAUCAGGUACACAGCUGAAGGUUCUGGAAGCAGCAACAGGCACAGAGCUUCGAGCUGGUAAAAGGAGACCUUGGGUCAAGUGGUACCAAGGUGGUUUGUGGUGACACAACCAAAUGGCCACUGCCAGGGGGUAGGUGGAUACCAUCUGCACUGAGGGGCCUCUCCUGGUGCCUCUGGUAGCUCCUCACCAUGCUGGUGGGGCAGGAGCACACAGUGGGCAGGGGCUGGGGCACAGAGGGUGGCUGCUCCAGGGAAGAUUUGCCCACAGCAGUGCUCACCUGCUGUGAGGUCUGCCAGGCUGGGACAAUGCUGCCAAGCUGCCUGUGGCAGGGAGCAGAGCAGGAAUGUGGGUGUUCAGCACAGCAGCUGCCUGCAGGACCAUAGGUAGGUGGAGAAAGGUUGAUUUGUCCCUGAAUAGUUCUUAUAACAGAGUAACUCCUAAUGGAGAAAAAAUAAAAAAUGAAAUGCUGGCACAGCUGACGUGUUUGGAUUCAGAGAUGAGCUCAGAGGCUGCUGGGGCAGAGGCAGGCACACCUCCAGAGCCAGGCACGGGGAUGGAGCUGCUCACACAAGGUGAGCCUGUUUGUUCCUCUGGCAAGGAAGUAGUGCUCAUCUUAGAAACCAGCCCGUGGAGUAAUCCAAGUGUAAAUACUGGCGGGGUUUAACAGUUUAACCUUUUAUUUCUUACAAGGCUUGAAUUAUUUAUUAAUUUUAUUUGUUGACUGUGGGUGUGCUGUAAUAUAUUAAGUAGCAUGGAAAUGCAGAGGCUCCUGCAGGUGGGGCAGCAGGAAAGCUGGAACAGGGGCUCUGCCUGGCAGCCAGGAUGAGCCGUGCAGAGCCAUGCUAGUGGGGUCUGGGAUAACAGAGGACAGGCAGAGGCUUCAUGAGCACAGUGAUUUGGGAUGAGGGAGAGCUCCACACGCUGCAGCUUUUCAAUUUUUUUUUUUUUUAUUAUUAUUUUCUGAGCUUCUGGUUUGAGUUGCAGUUGCCAAAACUGGCCCUUGGGUUCCGUGAGCUUAGCUGGCAGGUUUGCCUCUUUGCAACAGAUAGUUUAAUCAUGGCUAAAGAAGAAAAGAAAGGGAAACUGAGAGCAGAACUGUUUGGCUGUUUUAAUUCCAGCAGAAAUGCCUGGCUGUCCCUAACUCACAUCUUUGCCUUUCUGGGUGUUGCUGCUGGCUUGGGGAAAGAACUUGGGCAAGUGCACAUGGCAAAAUCAUGGCAAGCAUUCCACUGGGAUUCACAUGGGAUGAAAGAUGAGGGCCAAGGUCUUUGAUGGAUAAUGACAGGUUUGGGGGAAGAGCAUACACACACACACAAACUGCAUUUUGUCAGCACAAAGCAGCAGGAGAGCAGAUCAGCAGAAGUACUUUGGGUGUGAUUCACUCUAGUGCUACAGAGGGGUCUGGCUGGGUUUUGUGGGUUUUAGAAUGCAGUUUACAAAUGUUCUGUUUCCUCCUGUCACAGCCUGUGCCACAGGAGAGCAAUGACCACCUUUUCAAGAGCACGUUUUUAUCUGAGUGUGGCUCAGCCAUUAUCCAAGGCACAAAGCAUCCUGCUAAAGGAAAGAGAACAACAUUUAUUAUUGUCUCCUGAUCUCUUUCAGUGUUACUUGUCCUAGCUGUCAUUACCUACCUGAGGGUUAUUGCAAGCAGAUGCUGGGACAGAUUGACUCACUGUAGCAUAAUUGGCUGAAACCAACUACUUUUAACAUUUACUUCUUCAGAUCUUUUCAGAUUUUCCUUUUUCUGCAAAACAGCCAGGAGGAAUUUUUUACAUGGCCAUUGGCUCAGAUGUAGCAGAGUAUUUACAGCUAUAUUUCAAACAGCUUGUCUCUCUCAGGUAGCAAGUUAUGGAAAUAAAUCUGCAAUAGGAGCCACCAUGUAGAUCUGUUUGAGAUACCCUGAAAUCCUUUUCUGUGUACAAAGAAAUGUUGUAUUACUCCUGGAUGUACCACAUACUUGGUAGAAAAUGUGUUUCUUGACUGCAAGGCUCAUAUGCCAGUUUCCACUGAAGAUGUCACCCUCAGCCACCACUAAUCCCAGCCCAGCAGGAAGGAAGGUGGCAGCUCUAGAAGAGCAGCUCAGCCCCGACUCUGUGGAUCCAUUCUUUCCAUAGCUUUAGGUAGAGCUGGGCAGCACAGGGAAGAAGUAUGAGUUGUGAGGUGAGUCAGUCUAGAAAUACAGCUUGGUUUUGGGGAUGAAAAAUCAAAUAUUAAAGAAAAAAAAAAUCUGUUUUUGUCUGUUUAGAUGUUGGGCAUCAUGGUGGCAGCUAACAGAACGAUGGAAUUGUUUGAGUUCCUUGAUUCCAUCUGGGAGAUCAAGAGACAAGGCACAAUGAGGCUGUUCAUUUCAUCAAACAGGGAGCUGCAGUUGUCCCACAGAGUAGCCUCAGUGAAGCACCACUGUCUGUGCAGGAUUCCCUUUUUUUUUUUUUUUUUUUUUCUGCUUGUUGCUAUAAAGGUUGAAACUGUCACUGUUACAAAUGGGGCUUUCAGACUGGGAACAAAUAACAAAACUAAAGCUAUGUGGUUAGAAGCACCACUC